AUGAUUACCCUUCCUCGCGCGAUGACGCCGAUCAUCGUCAUCUACUGGUUGUACUACCUCCUGGGCGUUGUCGUGAUCGGCCAGUACGAGUGGCAGACUCGCGAUGCCUUCGACGAGAUUCGCAUGCGACUGGACAAGGUGAACGACGACAACUGUCAGAUUCAGCAUCUCGGCGACCUGUAUCUACCGGAGGAUGCGGUGUCGCACCUCCCCGAUAUCAAGGACAUCAACAUUAACCCCGUGUUUCCAAAUCGCACGGCUCUGCUGCAUCUCCAUAACAUGGCGCUCAGCAGGAGCUUCUUCUGGAGUUACAUCCUGCAGUCGCGAUUUAUUCGUCCGGCGAUUAACGACACUUAUGAUCCUGGCAUGAUGUACUAUUUCCUAUCUACAGUUGCAGAUGUCUCCUCCAAUCCAUACAUCAAUGCUUCAGCCAUUUACUUCUCGCCCAACAUGUCUUAUUCGCCGUCUUAUAGAGGUUUCUUUAAUAAAACCUAUCCCAGAUUUGCGCCUCGUACCUUCAGAGCGGAUGAUUUCAAUGAUCCCAUACAUCUGGAAAGAAUAUCCACUAGGAAUACAUUUACCGUGCAAGAUUUAGGAGCAUUUCCUAAUACUAGGCUUAGCGAUGACUACACUACUGACUUUUAUCGUAUAAAUGAAUGGUACAAAAAAUGGUUACCAGACCAGAAUGUGGAAAAAAGGCAUGAUACUAAAACAACUUAUCAAGUUGAGAUACGAUAUGCCAAUAAUACAAAUGAAACAUUUACUUUCCACGGUCCACCCGGUGCCGAUGAAUAUCCUGGACCUGUGAAAUGGACAAGGCCUUAUUUUGAUUGUAGUCGAUCAAAUAGAUGGCUUGUGGCUGCAGUAUCACCAGUAGUAGAUAUCUAUCCACGGCAUACUGGUUUCAGACAUAUUGAAUACCCAACAUAUACUGCUAUCUCGGUGAUGGAAAUGGACUUUGACAGAAUAGACAUAAAUCAAUGUCCCAAGGGCAAAGGAAACAGUGGUCCAAAUAGAUUUGCUAAUACUGCGAGAUGUAAAACUGAUACUACAGAGUGCGAGCCGAUACAUGGUUGGGGCUUUAGAAGAGGCGGAUAUCAAUGUAGAUGUAGACCCGGUUACAGGCUACCGACUGUCAUACGACGACCUUACCUGGGAGAAAUAAUCGAGAGAGCGACACAAGAGCAAUACUAUAAUGGUUUUGACUGCCUGCGGAUUGGCUGGAUUCAUAAAAUGCCAGUACAAUGGGAAAAUGCAAUACCAUAUGUCAGAGAAAAAUAUCUCGAGGAAUAUCAUAAUUAUAGAAAUUAUUCGACUGGUCCAGCUUCGCUUUAUGAAACAAAGAUGAAUAUUGAUCAGGUUCUCAAAUUUAUUUUGGGCAUGAAUUCGAGAACUUGUAAAAAUUAUGCACCGCAAGAUUUAGUAUUACGCGGCGAUAUUAGUUUCGGCGCGGAAGAAUUUUUCGAGAAUGAAGCAAAAAUGGCGACUAGAUUGGCGAACUUCAUCAGUGCAUUUCUUCAAAUAUCCGAUCCUUUGGAAGUAUAUUCGGGUAAAAGAGUAGCCGACAGACCGCUAACGGAAGAUCAAAUGAUAGGAGAGACAUUAGCUCUAAUACUUGGAGAUACAAAAAUAUGGUCAGCUAGCGUAUUUUGGGAUCGUAAUAAAUUUACUAAUAGGACAUUCUUCGCUCCAUAUGCUUACAAAACUCAAUUAAAUACACGUAAAUUUAAACUCGAAGACUUAGCCAGACUGAAUGACACAGAUGAAGUAUACACAAAGAAAAGUUACUUCCAAGUAUUAAAACAACGUUGGGCGACAAACUUUGAUCAGUUGGAGAAAUAUUAUAUGAAAAUAAAAAUUCGAUACAAUGAAACUGGAGAGCACUUAAAAAAAUUUGAACACUACCCGAACCAUUAUAGGGCAGCAAACUUGGACCAUGGGCACUGGACAACUCCAUACUUCGAUUGUAACGGCAAGGUGAAGAAGUGGGUAAUUACUUAUGCAUCCCCGUUUUUCGGCUGGGACAGCUUGAAGGCGAAACUGGAAUUCAAAGGCAUUGUAGCUGUUACCAUGGACUUACUUCAGGUAGAUGUAAAUCAAUGCGAUGAUAAAUUUUACCGACCAAACGCAUUCAAAGAUACGCACAAGUGUGAUAAGAAGACAUCAUAUUGUGUACCCAUUCUUGGAAGAGGAUUCGAGACAGGUGGAUAUAAAUGUGAAUGUAAGCAGGGUUUUGAAUAUCCAUUUGAGGAUUUAAUUACAUAUUAUGAUGGGCAAUUAGUUGAAGCUGAAUUUAAUAAUAUUGUAAAUGAUAAAAAAACCAGAUAUGACAUGUUUAAAUGUCGAUUGGCUGGUGCUGCAUCAAUUCAAGCCAGUUGGGUAUUUCUACUACCAAUACUAAUAAUAUUUUUUCAAAAUCGAAGAAGGUAAAUAUAAAAUAAACACACACAUGCACAUAUUAUACAUGUACAGUGUGUUUGAUUUAAGUGUUACACAGUUUUUUAAUUGAUAAAAUUAUAAAAUAAAUUUCAUCAUAUUAAUAAGAACUAAACACAGAAGGUAGCGUUUCAAGAAACAUUAAUUUUUCAUUGAAACUAAUUAUAGUUGUGCACCAAUUUUUCUUGAUAUAAUACUAAAUAAUUAAAUAAUCUCAAUUAAAAGUUUUUAUUUUAAUAAGGUAUCUAUUCAAAUGUUGCAAAAUCCCCUGCUCUUCCAGAUAUUUAACAAAUUCUUUUUACUAGUGGAAAAUAUCCAUCAAAUUUCACUUUUUAACUUAUCCAAAACUUGAGAAAAAAAAAAUAAAACUCUAAUUUUUAUCUCCCACUUUGGAGGAAUAUAACUCUUCAAGGAGAAAUAUAGGAAUAUAUAUA